UGCAAAAUGCCUUGAGACUUGUACAAUAUGUGUGACCUUUCGUUACUUUUUACAACAAAGAAUAAUGCAAAUAUUGAAGGAACAAUAAUAUACAGGAGAGGAAGGAAAGCCGGAGAAACUCAAGAAGAACACAAAAGGGGUGAGAGCAGAGAGAAGAAGAUGGCGGCGAUGGCGGUCAGGCGCGGCACAAGAGGUAUGGUUUCGUCUACUCUCAACAUCUCCAUGGCUUUGUUUCAUUCAAGAGGUACCCAAUUUCCUCAAGUGAGUAAUGCCGAGGAUGCCCGCAAGGUGUUCGAUGAAAUGCUUCACUCGCGUCCGCGGCCUCCUGUCAUCCCAUUCAAUCAGCUGUUGUCUCAGCUUGUCAAGCUGAAACAAUACGCAGCAGUCAUCUCCCUCUAUAACCAAAUGCUCCUGCAUCGAAUUUAUCCCAAUCAUUAUACUCUGUCUAUUGUCAUCAAAUGCUAUUCCCAUUUGAAUCGAAUGGGAUUUAGUCUAUCUGUGUUUGGAAGUUCCUUCAAGUUGGGUCUUCAACCUAAUGUUAUUACCUUCUCCACUCUCAUCCACGGCUUUGUUCUCCGCAAUCAAUUGCCUGAGGCCACACGACUUUUCGACAAAAUGAUGGAGGAAGGUCAUUGUAAGCCCAAUGUGUUUACUUUCAGUAUUCUUAUCAAGGGCUUUUGCAACACGGGGAACAACAGUGCUGCGAUUGCUUUACUGAGGAAGAUGGAAGAACAAGGAUGCAUGCCUGAUGUUGUUUCUUAUAGCAACAUCAUUGACAGCCUAUGCAAGGAUACACUCAUUGAUGAAGCACUGAAGCUCUUCUCUGAAAUGAGCAGUAGGGGGAUUGCUCCAGAUGUGGUCACUUACACCUGCUUGAUUCACGGGCUUUGCAAUAUAGGCAGGUGGAAUCAAGCUCAGAUGUUGCUUGACGAAAUGCUGAGUGCAUAUAUCUUUCCCAAUGUCGUCACCUUCAGUUGCCUGGUUGAUGCAUAUGGUAAGGAAGGGAAGGUUGUGGAAGCUGAAAGGCUGGUUCAAAUAAUGAUUGAGAGGCAUAUUGAGCCUGGUACGAUUACUUACAACUCACUUAUGGACGGUUACUGUUUGCUUGGGGAAAUGGAAGAGGCUAGACGAGUUUUUGAUCUUAUGCUCAGCAAGGGCUCCAUGGUUGAUGUCCAGAGUUGUAAUACCUUGAUCAACGGAUACUGCAAGGCUAAAAAGGUCGACCAGGCUUACGCGAUUUUUAAGGAAAUGCCUAGUAUGGAACUAGUUCCUGAUACCGUCACUUAUACCACUCUCAUUGAUGGUCUUUUCAAAGUGGGGAGACUACAAGAAGCACAAAAGUUGGUCUCUGAGAUGAUUGAUUGUGGCCAGCUUCCAGGUCUUCAAACAUACAAUGUUUUACUUGAUGGGCUGUGCAACAACCAGAAACAUUCGACGGCAUUAAAAUUGCUUGAAAAGAUGGAAGCCAGCAAAUUGAAACUGGAUGUUGUAACUUACAAUAUAAUUAUCGAAGGUUUGUGCAAAGCUGGAAAUACAAAAUCCGCGAGAAAUAUCUUCAGUAGUUUGUCAUCAAGAGGAGUUCAGCCAAAUGUGAGAUCAUACAGUAUAAUGAUCCAGGGACUCUGUCACCAGGGCUUAUUAGUUGAAGCAGAAAAGUUGCUGAGAGAAAUGGAAGGGAAUGGAUGUCCGCCAGAUGAUUGCACCUAUAACAUCAUUAUCAGAGGCUUGUUAAAUAACAACAAGACAUCAUUGGCCGUGAAACUUAUUGAAGAAAUGAAGAAGUGUGGUUUCUCUGCAGAUGCAUCAACUAUGGAAUUGAUACUCGGGUUACUGUGUAAGGAUGUAGUGGAUCCGGCUUUGUUGAAGGUCUUCAAAGAUUCACGAAAAAGUGGAUCUGAACUUGAUCAACCCCAGGGAACAGAACAACUCACAAGCACUCAGAAGGAGGAUCAAGGAUGUCAAAACAGGUAACAGAACAACUCACAUGGUACAAAACAUGUUUGCUCCAGAGUGUUGGAGACUUGCCAUAUUAAAUCCGAGGAUCAUGGAUGAGCACUGC